UUCAAAAAACUAUUUGCCGAAUUUUUCCAUUUUCAGAAAAGUAGAUAAAAAUUAAUAACUAACCCUUGUUUAACUCGUUAUCCCUUACUAUAAUGUAUAUUUGAGAUUGGACACGACAUGGACGAUACAGAGAGUACAACUACGUCUGCCGAUGAAAACACAGGGAACCUUUGCGACAACCCAACAAGAGACACUCUAGCCGAGGGGCUUAUAAGUCUCCUAAAACCCACUGUAGAUCAGCUUGACGACAGAGUAAGAGCAACCAGGAUAUCACAACUAGAGUUGAAGCAACAAAUUGACUCAUUGAAUGAGGAAUUACAGAAGGUCAGGCAAGCUUUGAACGACCAUCCAGAUUUAGAUCCUUAUGUUAAGAAACUGAUUGCUUGCAAACAGAGAGUUACUGUUAUAUUGAAUGUCUUGCAGACAACACAGGAUAGACUAAAUGAAAUAAGACGCAUGGUGAAUAAAGAGAAGAGCGUAAGGCCAAUAGUGACGACAGUGCCACAAGAACCUGAACAAAGUACGAGCGCUGUCGUCCCCGACUUGGGCUCUAUCAACUAACAUGGAAACACC